GGAAGAAUUUUAGGCGCGGUGUAGGGCAGCCAAUGGGGUGAACCAUUUUUGUCUGCUAAAGCGAAAACGACGCAGAGGGAAAUUGAGGGGAAUGUAAAGAUAAGGGAGCAGAGAUGAAACCAAACAGACUUAGCGGUGCAAUGAGUGAGCCUUUGGACUCAACGAAACAGUCGGAGGCUAAGAAGCGAAGCUCCUCCCUAGAGCCGGGAGGUACAUCCCCGCCGAAAAAAGCAGCUAGAAUAGAUGAUGAAGUAUUCGGAGAUAUUGAAUCUGAUUCUCCGUCUCUUAAAAACAGAAAAAAUACAGAUAACGCGGGGUUGUGUGAGACGGAGAAACAAGAAACAGAAACCGGGGACCAAAAUAUGCCGAUUGCAAGCUGCAUUUCCACGCCCGCCACUUUGGAUAUCGGGGACGCGCAUCCUAGCACCAGCAACACUAGUGGGCUGGGGCAGUGUAGCAGUACCAGUUCUGCGCAGGCGCAAACGUCAGGAGACCAAACCGCAACGACGGAAGCCGGAAGCGGGAGCACCCAUCUUAAAGGGCCCGAACCAUCUUUUCCGCCAGAACAGUCUGACUGGGCAGCGAUGGCAGCUGCUGAAGCACUCGCUAGCUUAACAAGAGGAGGCGAAGACCAGGAUGUAAAAGAUGCCGUCCAUUCCUCUAAACAAGUUGAAUUCAAAAGGAAACAUGCUAAAAAGACUGUAAAACAAGACGACAGUCCCACACCAGGAAAGGGCCAACAGACUCGAGCCGCAGCUGACAGUUCUACUUCAUCCCCAGAAAAUCGCAUUAAGGAUUGCUGUGAUGGGUCCAGAGUAGAAACGUUGCAGGGAGAUGAGGAGGAAGAUGAAGGUGACAAUUUCCUUUCUGGUACCACCUCCACCCCCAGCUCAUCUCACUCUGACGAUGACAAUGGUGAUGAUGUUGAAUGCUCCAUUGUGGAUGUGAAGAUGGCUCCCGAGACACGUCAGUCAGUGGCCCUGCUGGCACAGGUGCAGAUAAGACUGGAGGCGCUGGAGAAGAAGGCUGCUCGUAUGCAUCAGCACCUGGAGCUUAAAAUUAGUCAGCAGCGCAGGCCACACCUGGACCAACGCAGCACCAUCAUCCAGACGAUCCCUGGCUUUUGGGUCACUGCAUUUCUGAAUCACCCCCAGCUCUCUGCAUACAUUGAUGAGAAUGAUGAAGAUGCUCUUAGCUACAUGACCAAUCUAGAGGUGGACUUUUUCAAGAGCAAUAAAUUUGGCUAUCGGAUUACGUUUCAAUUUAGCAGAAAUAACUUCUUCCAGAACAGCAUUAUUAUCAAAGAGUUUCACCAUGAUAUGAGGGGGAGCGUGUUCUCCUUCUCUAACCCAAUCCUCUGGCACCGGGGGCAGAACCUGACAUCCCAGCAGCAUAUAAUGAAGGAGCCGGGUUCUGGGAGAUUGUACCAAAGCUUCUUCUGUUGGUUCAGUGACCAUAAUAAUCCAGCCAGGGAUGAAAUUGCAGUGAUUCUGAAGGAUGACCUAUACAGAAACCCUCUGCGGUAUUAUUUAACUCCACUGUGGGAGCCAAGGCAGAAUGGCAGCAGUGGCCAUCAAACAGCUGAUAACAACAGUGGAAAUGAGUGUGUGGUGAUCUCAGAUUCUGAUGAGGAAGAAGGGGAAGGUGGGCCGGAAGUCAACAGAGAUGAGGAUGAGGAGGAAGAGGAACAGGAUACAGGUGAAAGCUCGGAGGAGGAGGAAGUGGUGAUUGACAGCUCCGGAGACAGUGAGGAUGGGGAGCAGGGUGAAGAGGAGUCCUCUGACAGAGACAAGGUGGAUGAUGAGGACCUGGAUGUAGAAGAUCUGGAUGAAUCACAAGAAUCUGAAAGCCAGGAAGCCAAAGAGGAAGAGGAGGACAUUGAGGUGGGCAGGGAGGAUGACGGCAUAGAAUGAAGCUUCUCAAGAAUACCUUCAUCCAUGUAAUUUUGGACUGCUUUCUGGAUCAGGGUAAAAUAGAUGUGAUGCCCUCUUCUUCUUCCUAACUUCUAUAUUUUCUUGCUUGCGCUUUGUUUGUACUCAAAAUUCAAAUGUCUUAUACAGGGAAAUUUUAUAUCUGGCUGUAACAUCCUAGAAAUAUGUUUCUGCUGUAAAUGGAUGUUUCUAAAAUGUAAGAGGCUAAAUGUUCUGUCUCCUAGUCACACCAGACAUGAGCACAACAACUGACAACAGCUUAAGAUUCCAUUUCUUUUCUUUGUAUGUGUGUUCCAUGACCAUAACAAACUAAUGUGAACAGUAAGUCUUGACUGUGCUCUGGCUAAUGUCAGGCAGCUCCCCCUAGUGGACACCUUUAGGAAUGGCUUGGUUGUGAUCACACUUGAAGGAUUCUCCCUGUGUUAAUUCAUGACAAAAGUACAUCAUGCAGCAUCCACUCUCUGUUAAAAGGAUGGUUUACGUGGUUAUGAUUUGAAACUAAUCGUGUUACCAACACAAUACCAACACAUUGGACUGUGUGUAGAGUACUUUGUCACAUAGGGUUAUUUUCAGAUUUUUGGUAUGAUUACAUGUAGUUAGGACGACGUCAGUAAGCAUCGUGUUUUUUCUGUAUCAGUUUCACACCAUGACAAUAGAAACUGAUGCACAAUUGUUCAAAUCAAAAAUAAUUUGGCAAUGAUAUCCAAUUUACAUUAGGACAGAGUUGCCACCGUAUUCUUGUCCUACCACAGCAAUUGUGUGAUUAAUUUUAAAAAGGAAACUAAUGCCAUUUCAGUGUAGUGUAGUAUCUGCAUAAAAACAAGCAUAUUGUAACUGGAUCAACAUGAUCUUACAAUAUUCAUUUAACUCAGACAUUCUACUGAAAUAGAGACACUUCAAAAUUGAUAUUUGACAUUCAUCACUGUACAGUUAAAAUAUGAAGAGCACUAAAUGCAAGCAUUUGUUAAAAACCAAUCUCUCUGAACUAUGGAAUGUUGUUGCUUACUAGGGGUAAUUUUGUAUUAAUUAUAAAACCUAGAGACUUCAACUGCACUUGGUUCUGAGUAAAAAUAUGUUCUCAGGGAUAUCAUAUUAAUGAUUAUAAAUAUAUUUUUCCCCUGAACCGGAUUUGUCUUUGUACAGUAACGCAGCAUGUAGAUUGUACUGCCUUUUGCCUGGAUCUGUGUCUCAACAGUAAGUCAAUGUAAAGUUUUCAUUUCAAAGUUUGUAACUGUUUUUCUUAAAUACGCCACGGACUCUCAAAAUGUCUAUCGCACAAACUGCCGCUUUAGAUGCUCCCUUUUUAUUAGGGCCUACUAGAUCUGUCUGUUUGUGAAAUCUAGAAAGCAUACAUUUUAUUUGCUUGAAGCAAGUUAGUAUAGGUUAAUGUAUGUGGGAUUUGUAUAUACACCCAGAACAUCUUUUUUUCAGUUAUUGAUUAUUUACUUAAGUCCUUGUAAGUCAUUGGUCAUUCUAUCUGCUCAGGAGUUCAGCUUUAUUUAGAUGUUUAAUGUUUACUUUUGCUUAUAAAAUGAUGGUCUUUUAAUAAGUGGAGAAUAAAAACCAAACUCCAAGUGUAGAUUAUAUUAUUUUUGAUUUUUUUCCACGCUGUACAUUGUACAGUUUGAUUCAGGAUUGUCAAACUUGAAAUGGAUCAGAGAAUUUUUUUUAAUGGGAUGUAAAUAUCCGCUGCAUUUAUAUAACGUAACAUACUUAUUGGUAAAUUUACAUUUUAGAGCCUUUUUUGUUUUGCAAAGAUCCGUACGUAACCUGGUAGCAUUAUUUAAACCUCUCAAGUUGUGUAUGCGGCUUAGGUUGUCAAACAAAUGAUCAAAUCAAAUUCAGGUGAGUUGAUUUGUCUGUUUUUCUUGACUAUUGAGUGCUCUGAACUUUACUGGCAAAAAUAUUUUUUCUGUUACUAACGUGCUUAGGAAUAAUUGCUUUCUUGCCUGAUCUGCUGUGUCUUGGAGGUGUGGUUCUGAAUGUCAGCCACUAAUCUGGACUUUCUGUUAACUGAUGUCCACCUACAUUUAGAGUGUAGGUCUAAACAACCUGAAAAUAUCCACUGUUAUUUAAAAAUAUGCCCUGCAUUGGCUCAGUGUGCCGUUGAGAUCUAGCAUGAGCAUUUCAUAAAGACAUUGGGUGUCCAUCUUUGUGUGGAAGCCACAUUACAGACUGCUGUUAUAGGAAGGGCACAUGAAGAAUUUAUCCACAACAGGUAAUAAUGUGUAAUUUGGGUUCUGUUUCCCAUGGUUGGUUGGUUUUUUUUUUGGUCGUUUAUUUUGAUUGCUCUGUCGGAAAUUCUGCAUCUGGUUUAGAACAUUUCUACAAUGUUAAGUAAUUAGAGAAUGCAGUGGAAAUGUGAAAUAAAACUUAGAAAAUAGGAAAUUCUGGUCUCAUGGCCCAGAAGCAUUGUAGAUCAUGCUGUAAUGAUUAAUAUUAUGAAACGCAAGGUGUCUGACGUUAGAUUUCCUCACGUUAUUUUACUAGUCUCACUAUAGGUAGUCAGAUUGAAUCUUUUCAAGCUUUUCAAACAAAUGGUUUGUAAAUAUUCUUUAAAGGGUUUAAGCUUUGUAAACAUUGCUCUGAGGAAAAUGAUUUGGAAUUGGAAAAUAUAAAAAGCUCUAUUUUGUGUGCUGAAUUUGUUUAGGAUUUACAGUUUUAUAAUUUCGAAUAUGAAAAAACGUAUUGUUCCUGGAUUUUUUAAAUAAAAACAUAUUUGGAUCAUCUGCUGUUUUAUCUGCAAUGCCGUUGGCUCAAUAAAAUUAAUUUAAUACAGUA